AGUAUGCGGCGUAGCCAGGAUGUGGAGAUUGAAUUGACUACUAAUACGUGCGAAGGCGUCUCCUUCGAUAUUGUGAUUCACUCUGAAAUUGAAAAUUCCAGUGAGGUGUUGAAAUCGGUCGGCGAUUUCUUUUCGUUGGCGGAAUAUGGCGCUGUUCGGAUCCGGCAUGUCUACCGAGGUUGGAUUACGUUUGCUUCUUAACCCACUUAGUUCAAAUAUUGUUGUCCGGACAGCAUGCUGUUCUGUGGGUGUUGUCUUGCCUGUUUAUUCUACAUUCAAGGCCAUUGAGACGAAGGAUGAAGAUGAACAAAAUAAAUGGCUUAUGUAUUGGACUGUUUAUGGUUCAUUUAGCUUGGCUGAGAUUUUCACUGAUAAACUUAUUUACUGGUGUCCAUUCUAUUAUCAUAUGAAGUUUGCAUUUCUUGUGUGGCUUCAACUGCCGACUGUUUAUGGGGCUAGGCAAUUAUACAUGAAUUACCUGAGACCCUUUCUCCUGAAACACCAGUCAAGACUCGAUCAAAUUGUGAAUUUCUGCUAUGGUGAAAUGGCGAGAUUUGUGAGCAGCUAUGAAUCAGAAAUUCAAGUUGCAAGGGCAAUCCUCACAAAGAUUAUGCUGACAGCUAAUCAUGCUGCUCGGGAAAUUUUGCACCCGGGCCAACGCCCUGCCAAUGGUUCUGCAAUCCAAGGAGGCCAAGACCCACCAAAUGGUACUGCAACCCAAAGCCCUCCAGCGCAGGAUGAAACUUCUGAAUCAGGAGAUGAAGACUGACCUGGUUUGUGACCGGAAGAUACGGCAUAAUUUAUAAUUGUAUGACUUUCUUACAUCGAAGAAAUAGAUCCUUGAUUGCUUUUCUUGUAAAUUUGCUUCCUUUAGGAAAUGGAGUUAUCUGAACGUUAUCCUUGGACCGGUGAAAUAGUUAGAUAUGAGAGAAAUAGUUAGA